AUGAAUCAAUUAGUUGAACAGAAUUUAUCAAAUUUAGUUCAAGAAUUAACUACAUCUGGUUCAAAAACAUUAAAUGAAGAGAAAAUAAAGCAGCUUAAACAGAUUUGCAAGCAAACUGAUGUCAAUGUUGAGUACUGUUAUCGAUUAUUAAUUGCUCAACUUGAUAAAUAUCAUUCGGAAAUUCGUUAUUCAACAGUUCAAAUAAUUGAUCAACUUUUUAAUCGUUCCCAUCAUUUUCGAACACUUUUACUUGAUGAUUUUAAUUAUCUUAUUGAUAAAUGUCUUGGAUUAAAUGUUGAUAAUCAAUUACCUCCACCAAAUCAAACAGCUAAAUUAUUAAAACAAUUUGCAGCCACAUGUAUUAAAAAAUGGCAUGAAAAAUUUGGUACAACUUAUAAAUUACUUGAUAUUAGUUAUAAUUAUUUAAAAAAUUGUAAAUUUCUAAAUUUUGAUAAUGUUGAUGAACCAAUUGGUAUCACAGCUCAAUUGCAACGUGAACAAAAUGAAGCUCAUCAAAUUCGUCUAACACAAAAGCUUCAAAAUGCUGCUCGAGAAUUAAAUGAGACAUCAAAUGAAAUUUAUUCUUACAUAGAUCAAGCAGAAAAUUGUCUUAAUUUACUCGUAUCUAAUAAUGAUAAAAUAUCGAUUCCGAGAACAACUGCAACAACAAUAACAGAAAUUGAUGAUAACGAGAAUGACGAUGACGAUGAUGAUGACGAUGAUGAUGACGAUGAUGAUGACGAUGAUUUUAUAGAUGUUCCACUUGUAUCAACAAAGAAUAAUGAUCAAGAACUUCUUCAAGUACUUGGUCUAGGAACGGCAGGGAAAUUAACUAUUACAAUUAAUGUUAAUGACAGACCAAAAUCAUCUUUGUUUAAUGUUGAAAUAACAGAUGAUAAUCGUACAGUAGUUGAAAACCUCCAUGAUCUUUAUCGACAAUUAAAUGAUGUUUAUUUAAAUAAAAUUCAAACAUGGAUGAAUAUAUUUAUUAAAGUUCAACAAAAUUCUAAUGAACAACAAAUAAUAACAGUUAUAAAACAAGCAAUUGAUUUGAAAAAUUCAAUUCAAUCUUGUUUAAAAAUGAUUGAAAAUUAUCAUUUAGCACCAAAAAGAACUGUAGUUACACAAAAACCAGGUUCAUUGAAUAAUCAAUAUAUAUAUAUAUAUAAUGGCUUCUAA